GCAGGGGAAGAGGAAGUGGGCGUGUUUCCUCGGUCAGGCUGCUUAUUUUGAAGCACACGCGCACCCUUCACUUAUUACUGACGGAAGAAGUCCUAGAGGACGGUCAUCUUUAGUUUUUUUUUUGUUUUGUUUUUUUGACAAAGUUACAACAAUCCAGAUUAUGGUGGUACCGAACUGUCAAGCAGCCUUCGCGAUGCUUCGGCAGAUCGAGCCGAUCAUCGUGCUCGAGCAGCUGGGCAGCACUCUCUUUGAUACCGCGCUGCAGAUGGUGGUCAGGGACCGCUGUGUCAACGCUACCGACCCGGGCCACUCCAGCGAGGACGCCCAGCAGAAAGCCAUGACCGACUUCUACAUGAUCAACAACCUCAUCAUCCAGCUGACUCCCAUCUUACCUGCGCUGUUCCUGGCCAGACUGAGCGACAGCGGCCGGAGGAAAGCCCCCAUCGUGUCGCCCCUCACCGGCUACCUGUUGUCCAGGCUCAUCCUGCUCCUGGUGGUCGUUCUAAAAUUGCCGCUGCAGGUGAUGUUCGCGGCGGGGACUCUCCUCGGGCUCUCCGGCGGAUUCACCGCAUAUUGGCCCGGUGUAAUGACUCUAGCUUCGCUCGGCUCCACGGCGGCCGACCGCUCCAAGGUGUUGAUGAGGGUGGAGUUCAUGUAUGGGUUAGCAGGCGUGGUGGGCAGCCUCGUUUCUGGCCAUUUGUUCCACCUGUACAGCUCCAGUUUGGGACAUGGGACCAUCCUGCUUAUCAUCAGCACACUGCUGCAUCUGCUCUGCCUCUUACACUCCAUAUUCCUGCUGCAGGUGAAAGGCGUAAGCAAUGGAGAGCCGAAGGAGGACCGCCACCUCCUGUUACACGUCUCCACUAACGCUCCAGUUGUUGAGGCUCCUGUUGAGAUAAACAGGGUGAACGUGGCUCUGCUGUUCGUGGCUGCCAUUCUGUAUGACUUUGCAGUGGGCGGAGCCAUUGAAGUACUGGGCGCCUUUGUGCUGAAAGCACCACUCAGCUGGAACGCCACUCUAGUGGGGUAUGGGAAUGCAGCAGGCUGUGUGAUCUUCCUCAGCAGUUACUUAGGUGUCAUCGGGUUUCGACGCUGCUGCAGCGACACCUCGCUGAUUCUGAUCGGCAUGGUGUCCUUCGCUGUCGGGAUUUACUUCAUGUCCUUUGUAACGACGACUCUCACUUUCUACCUCGCUCGUGCACUCACCCUGUUUGCUCUCAUCCCGAUGACCACAAUCAGAUCUCUGCUCUCACAGCAGGUCCCAGCUUCUUCAUGUGGCAUGACCCUCACCCUCCUGCAGCUCGCUCUGAAGUUUGCCAGCCUGGCGUACAUCCCCGCUUUCACCAAGAUCUAUCAGGGAACCCUGGACUGGUUCCCAGGCUUUGUGUUCACACUAGCCAGUAUUUUCACAGUACUGGGAAUGAUACCCAUCAGUAUAAUCGGCUGCAGAUCACCUCAGAGGCAGCAGUAUGAGAAGAUUUAGAGCAGCUGAACCAGCAACAUCAUCACCAGCAGCAGCAGCAGUGAGUGAGCACUGGUGCAAGGCAGAAGGGAACUGAGACUUGAAGCUACUUCCUGUGCUGUUAAAGCAGAAAAAGCAUUUCCUACCCUACAGGCUUCCUCAGUUAUAAAAGAGGGCAAACAGUAGGUUUUACAUCUAUUUCAGCAUUUUACAGCCCAAAUUUAAAAGGCCUGUGUGGAUGGGCGACACACACUGACUGGAUGCUGUCUUACCAGUUUGACAGCGAGUUACAAACUGUUGAAGUUGAGACAGACACAAGCAGACGUCAUCAAUCAGUCCUCUUUGUGACGACUGCCUCACAAAGACAGAAGCUGCCAUGGUGAUUUCCACAUAGUUUAGGAUUUGUCACGGACUGCGUUGGCUGCUUCUGUCAGCAAACUCCUGUUACUCACACUCCGUUUUCAGCCAUGGGUCAUGUUUUAAGCAACUUCGUUAGGAGUUUUGUAUCCUGGAGUUUUCUCAGGCUUACAGGAACAGAAAGUUUGACGGAAGUUGGUCUCUGUUAUAAAUUCAUCUGUUUUUAUUUAACUGCCUACUGUUUUUGUAGAUUCAUAAACUAGAAGCUAGAAGUAGAAGUGUGGUUAUAAAAUCAGGGUUUUUUUUGGCUGUUACUGUUUCUGUUUCCAUAUUUAAAGACUUUGCAGUUGUUACUGUACUUGCACAGUAAUGUGCACAAACUUAAUGGGAGUGCUGCUCUGAUGCCUGCUUAGCUGCAUUUUCGGGUUUAGCUCAAUGCUACACGAAGUGAAUCCAGUUUGCGUCACAGACGGUGUAAACGGUGGACAUGGCCACUGUGAUGUCUCAAGGUGAAGCCUCGAGGCUCGAGAAACUGCACAGUCAUUGGCUAACAGCUUCUGACUGAGUCUAAUAAAGAGGAUCGACAUUUUCUCACAUCACCUGUACAAACCCUAACCCUGCGAUGCCACGUGUAUUAUUUCUCAAACAGGAGCCCCCUGCUGGCUAUUAAACGACAAUACAGGUUUCAUCAGACGCAGAAGCCACGCCCAUCUUUUUGUACUGUUUGUCUCCUGUUCAUAUCACUUUAACUCCUCUAGAGGUCACUGUUUCUGAGGUGUGACUUAAACCUGCUGCAAGGCUAUGCUGCGUUUUACGGAAGCUCGUCUUUGCCAAAAACAAUUUCUGGCAUCCAGAAAUGGAAAAUUAGGGUUAUUAUCUCCAAAAUUUUGGUUUACAAAAUAAAAAAUAGAGUUAUUAAGUCAAAAUUUUGAGAUAACUUGAAAUAUCAAAUGAGCUCUGCCAAUCAGGCAGUUUUUUUCAGUGGCAGAAACAAGCCCCAAUGAAACAUACCAAACUUUUUCUGUUUUUUUAAACAGUGUUGUAUUAAACUUCCUGUUAUAAUAGCUAAGCAUUACACCAGUGGCAAUAGAUCAAUUGCUUUUUAAAUCGGCAGGGCUUGCAUACACAUCACUACAGAUUGGGCCCCAACAAGCCCAACAAAGUUGAAAGAAAAGCAUACUUCAUAAGUCUGAUGCACACUGUUACACAUUAUAAGACUGAAACACGAUGUUCAAUCUGUAAACCAUAGCACAACAUUGCCCAGUUUUCUUUAGAUUGAACAGAUAUUUGCUGCUCAGAGGAUAUUAGUCAUUUUUCAAAUAUCAAAUAUUUUACCACCCAUCUGCGCCCAGUGACAAACAAAUGUAAAUUAUUAACAAAACAGUCACUUCUUCAUUUCUUUGCUGCCAGAAACACAAAGACCCAGAAACAAGUUUCACAGGAAGCUAAUGCUGCGUAUUUGACAGAUUAAUCCCACUGAUACAGUUUGAAAGGAAACAAAAGGGAAAAUAUGUUGUGCCUGAUACAUUCAGAGCAACGUUAGCAAACGAUCACAAGUGCGUGGACAAGUGUUCUGCGGACGGGAAAAAAAAACUGCUGGAUUCUCCCCCACUCAUGAGUCCGUGUAUCAUCACCAUCAGUCAGCUGCUCACAAAUGUGAGCAAAUUUGGAAAAAGCUUUAGAUUUGGUGUCAUUUGACGUUCUCACACACUGACUACUGGCAGUCUAAGGGAUCUUUUUUUGACAUAACCUUUUGUUUGCUUUUAUAUAUUUUAUACAUAUUGACCCACUAAUGCAUUUGAUUGUGCUUUACGUUCAUGUGUCUGAAUCUGAAGGUACUGGUACAGUUCUGUGCAUGAAUUUAUGUAGAAAUUUAAAGCCAAAUUUUAGCUAUUAAUAGACAUGUUUGUAUAGCUGAAGUGGUGCUUAUAGUACUGAUUGAAGGAAACCAAAUGAAGCUUUUUUUUAAUAGUUAUUUUGCAUUUGCACGUUAUUGCACUUUUAUUUGUUGACGGUGCAUAAAAGGGGGCUUCUGCUGAAUUUCUUAGUUUAAAUGAAAUGAUUAAACAUAAAGAGCAACUUAUGUUGGUGUUCGAGCUGCAAUGACACUAAAUAAAUUCUUUUUGUUAAAUAAAACAUUAUUAAGGCUUGUUGUGAUGUUUUUAAAUUGUCUGUAUGAAAGAAUAUUUAAAUAUUCAGAAACACAUAUCCUUGCUAAAUCUCUUCAUCCAGAGCAUAACUGCAGUAUAUUUAGUAUGUAUACAUAUAUAUAUAAAAAUAUAUAAAAAGUUACAGAAGCAGAAAAAUACCAAAUGCAUUCAUUCCUUUUAUUAUUGGUCCAAUAUAUCAGAAAAACCCCCAAUUUGUGUUAAAGAUAAAUUGCAUCAAAAACAACAUCAAUGUACAAGCUUAUUUAUAAUUACAACAAAAUUGUUAUUAACAUCCAAAUGUACAAUAAGGGCUCUGAACGUAAACGGCACACAAUGAGGAGGAACAGAGGUUAAAAAAAGAACAACAAAACCAUAACAGACAAAAAAGUCAUCUGAGUUUUAGACUGACUUGGUCGCUUUUAUUCAUCAUGUGCUGAAAAUCAGAUCUUCUCUUCAUGUGCGAAUCCACGCUGCCGGGAUGAUGAGAGGAAGAGAGAGGCAUUGGGGGCGGAGGAUGUUUGGCCUGGAAAUAUUUGAAAGAAAACUCUCCCCUCCAA